ACAUAGGCAAGUUUCAAUGAAGGCAUUGAAGAAAUGGUCCAAACAGAUUUUGAAAGGCUUGGAUUAUUUGCAAACUCAUGAUCCUUGUAUCAUCCACAGAGAUCUUAAUUGCAGCAAUGUUUUUGUCAAUGGCAACACUGGUCAGGUUAAGAUCGGCGAUUUGGGUUGGCUGCGAUUGUGGGGAAGAGCCAUUCGGCGCAUUCGAUUCUCGGGACGCCGGAAUUCAUGGCACUGGAAUUAUACGAGGAGCAUUACACCGAACUAUUCGACAUAUACUCAUUCGGGUUGAGCGUGCUGGAGAUGGUGACCUUG